AUAGGAUUCAUGGGUGAUUAUCAAAGCUACAAUGGCGGGACGAUGGGGUAAGCUAAAUACUCAAUCAUGCUACAAUAGUUGAGGCUAACACAAUACACAGAUGGUACUCACCUGGUAAGAAACAAAGAACCGGAUACUUAUGAACCUUCUGCAUCAUACUAACUGCACAUGUCAGAACAACGAGAAACCGAAAAACAACUAGAUGCCCAAGGCUGGUCUGAUGUCCCGAAUGAACGACACCAUGUAUACGCGGCUGGCCUGAUCGCGUGGUGCUUGAUGAGAAACGCCCAACUCCGGACCAGCAGCGACACGACGCCCCAACUCCCAUUCCCAGGUGCUACGGGUGUUGCCAAUCCCACAGCGUACUUUGACCCCCAGCAUCACAGUGCGUUUUAUUCGAUGGCCCUUGAGAGGGUUGUGGAAAAGUGCAUGUGCAUUGAUUGGCGGGAGAGACACUCGCUGGACCAGAUCUUCGAAGAGGUUACCGAGGGACUGGCCAAGUUCCAAAGCGUCCAUGAAGGGAUCGAAUCAAUGUCGAAUGAGGAGCUUCCUCCUUGGAUGAGAGUAGACCUAGGGGAAGAUAUCUCGAAGAUUGGGAGCAGCUUCUCGGAUUAUCUAGCGGCGAUUCAGGCAAGAAUCACAAGAGAGGAAAUGAAUAGCACGGAUAGUGCGCUUCUCUGAGGCGA